UUUUCGCAACUAACCCUUUUGCUUACUGAGAUUGCGGAUCUACCAAACCAUCGUAGUGCUUGUUAAAAAUAAACAAACAAGUUGAAAGUGUCAUUUAAAACCAUUUCAUAUCAAAAUAAUUGCCGAAUAUGGGUCGUAAAUGUAGCGUGGAAAGCUGUAGUUCUGACUCGAACCGUGCUGAAGAUACGGGCGUGACAUUUCACAAGGUGCCUCUUCAUAACGACCUGCGCCCCAAAUGGAUUUCGCUUUGUCGCAUUCCCGAGGACAAGAAAAGCGUAAAAGUCAUCUACGUUUGCUCCCGACACUUCUUGCGAGCUGACUUUUGCCACUUCAAAGGCAAAAAGUACAUGCUUAAGCACGGUGUAUUACCAAGUGUGUUCCCUUGGGAUAAGUCAAAAUUGGAAGCCCUAAAGGCCGAAGCUGCCGUCAAAAAGGAAACAAACGUGGAUAAAAAGAAACCGAAGAAAGGGAAAAACAGUCACUCAAAGGGACAAAAAGUUGAAAGUAAUAUUGAAAUUGAGACAAAAUUGAAUGAGAAGGUAGACGGGAGCGACUUUGUAGUAAAAGAAGAAGCAACAGAGGAAAGUGAAGAAGUAAAGGACUUUGAUGAGCAGCUGAAGAUAGCCCAGACUUCUGCUGCUAAAACAGAGGAAGCAAAUAUAGGAAGUUCCAGUCACAUAAAUUUUACUAUUAAUUCUCGAAUAGAGGUAUUAGACAAUAAUAGCUUUUGGUAUCCCGCUAAGAUAACUGAAGUUGACUACGAGGAGAAUGAAGUUUUGAUUCAUUUUGAGAAGUUCUCCAGCAAGUAUGACGAGUGGAUACCAAUGAACAGUGCUCGACUCAGACCAGUUCAAGCCAAACCUAUACAGAAAUAUGAAAUUGGGGAAAGGUGUAUGGCUUCGUGGAGUGAUUCGCGUAAAUUUCCGGCCACAAUUACCAAGACGCUAAUGGAGGAUACUUACGAGGUGCUAUUUGAUGAUGGAUUUGUGAAAAUUUUAAAGCAGCAUCGCCUGUCCAAGAUGCAAGCGGGAAAACCGAGCCAGGCAUCUCCACUCUUUGACCCAAUCAAAAGCACCAAACAAGAGAGACGAGACAGAAAAAGGAAACUUAAUGUGGCCGCUUUGUUUCGGAAAAGACCACGGCUCUCCUUAAAUGAGGAUAAAAAGGUCAAGGAUGUCAAAGAACCGCCGGCGGAAGAAUCACCUGCCGCCGCCGCCCCCUCCGACGCAGUUUCUUCUCCGCCAUCUUCGCCCGCCGAAGACCCAACCAACUGGCACCCAAAGUGGCUGAAUGGCAAGCCGGUCGGUACCGAGUCCACGAUCGAAACCAUCGACGGUGUACGCAAGUCCAUAAUAGUGCCGGAUCCUCGUCUGCCCGCCGGUUGGUUCAAGCACCUGUGUCAGAGGCAGCAUGGCUCGUCGGCGGGCAAAUGGGACACGAUCAUAAAAUCGCCGGACAACCGGCGAUUCCGUUCGCGUACAGAAAUCCGGAACUAUCUGACCGCCCACCCAGAUAUCGACGUGGACUUUGACCUGUUCGACUUUAGCAUUUACCGGAACAGCCGUCGGAGGGCGUCCAAGCCCAAAGACGCUGAAGUCUUGUCUGCUGCCGAACCGCCUCUGCCUCCUCCAUGUCAGCCCGAGACCGAGGAGGAGGAGGAGGCGAUUCCAGACGAGCCCGCCCUAAAAAUCGCGUUCGAGGACGAUGCAUACAAGUGCCCAAUCGAAGGGUGCGGUAAGAAUUUCAGGCGUGAAAAUUUAGCGCUGAUGCACGUCAAGCAUUACCAUCCGGAGUACUCCAAGUAUCUCGAGUCGACGCCGAACGUCGCGGAUCUGGCGUACGCGCGCACUGUAGGAGAGAGUUUGGACUCGUCCCCAGGGCCAGUCAAGGUAGCAGUCGCCGUGAAGCCGCAGGUCCAAGACAAGGCGCCGGGAACUCCGAGGCCCGAGCACAAGCCUGCAAAGGACGCGGAAUUGAUCAAAAUCCUGAACCAGGCCUUGGGUGACGACAAGAGUUCCGAUAUCAAACCGAAAGACCUGGCUGACCAACUAGCACCGGGUAGCCCAUAUCCGGACAUUAAGCUGAAGGAUCUGCUCGAAGACACAAUAGUCCCCAAGAGGGACGAGGUUCCUCCUCCUCCGCCGCCCAAGUCCACGAUAAAGACGCUGCUACCUAAGUUACCGCCCGCACCUUCGGCUGACCUGCCGUUGGUCGACCACGCAUCGCCAGACCAACUCCCACUUACGGAACCCGCUUCACCUCCCCAGCAGGACGACGAGCAGCACCAGUCCUUCGACGGCAUCAUCAUCGAGGGCGGCAAAAUCAUCAAGCUCGAGCGCAUGAAACAGGAGGAGAUCAUCAACUGCACAUGCGGCUUCGCUGAGGAGGACGGCUUGAUGAUACAGUGCGAGCUGUGCUUAUGCUGGCAGCACGCGUACUGCAACAAUAUCCAGCGCGAAACCGAGGUACCAGAGAAGUAUGUGUGUCGCAUCUGUCAGAACCCUUGGAGGGAGCGAGGGUCGAUGCGAUGGCUCCAUGACCAAGAGUGGCUCAAGCAAGGUACUUUGCCCACCUCGUCAUUUCACGCCAAGGACUCGGAAGUGGCGCACGCGCGUUUCGACAAGCUGAAACGCAGUCACGACGUUACCGGCGGGCUGCUCGAACUGAAGGAGUAUCUCCACGCCUUGUCGCUGAAGCUGAUGAUCGCCGAAGCGAAGAACCACCCCAAGUUGUACCUGUGGUCAAAGCCGUGGGACAAGCCAAGGUUGCCAGAGAAAUCAGAUGCCAUCUUGCAAUCGGCAUCUGCGACGAAACCGAAGCUGGAAAACGGCGACCACCAGUACAUAAAGAACGAACUGGGUGUGGAAAAACCGGACCUAUCGAACGAAUCCAUGCUGAUGAUGAUACUCAAAGCGGGCAAAGAAGAUAUCGCAUUGCCCAAUGUGCAGCAGAACUCCGCACCUAUCAUACCUCGACCAGAAGCAGCCAUAAACUUAGACGACUGUCGCCUAAACUUACUGGAUCACAUAUCGCAUUCGAGUUCACUGAUAGAAGAAAGGCUCGACCAUUUCGAGAAACAAAUCGUCGAGCUUGAAGCCGGAACGGAAGGGGAUCCGGACGAAGAAUGCGCGAAGACUAGGCAGACGAUCCAGAUGCUGCUCAGAGAUUUGGACAAACUGAAAGCGUUCAGCCAAGUCCCAAUGGGUUGAGGCCCUUUGAUUGUUUCUUUUGCCAUGGUUUUUUAGUUUUUUUAAGUUUGUUUGAUUUUGUGUGUUUAAUUAUUGUUGUUUGUAUUUUAUAAAUAAAGAGGUUUACU